GCAACAAGAGCUUCAGUAUAAUGUCGCCGAGGAGAAGAGUAGACAUGACACCGAGUACAACUUGCUCAACAGUGAACAAUUGGUCGUCUAUCAAGCAAUUAUUGAGUCGACUCAGGACGACUAUGGGAAGCUAAUUUUCGUCUAUGGGGCUGGAGGAACAGGUAAAACAUUUUUAUACCAGACAAUCAUUUCAAGACUGCGAUCAGAGAAAAAGAUAGUCCUUCCCGUUGCUUCAUCUGGAAUAGCAGCCCUACUACUACCCGGCGGCAGAACUGCCCACUCACGUUUCAAUAUCCCACUCGAUCUAAAGGCCACGUCAACUUGCCACAUUACACCUUGAACUAUGCUCCCAGAGUUAAUAGAAAAGGCAGAUCUAAUCAUAUGGGAUGAGGCACCUAUGACACAUAGACAUGCUUUCGAAGCCCUCGAUAAGUCCUUGAGAGACAUUCUUUCUUUGCAUGAUCCCAAAGCCAAAACUCUCCCAUUCGGCGGAAAAACGGUUCUUCUUAGAGGUGAUUUUAGACAGAUCUUACCAGUCAUCCCACAAGACACCUGAGCUGAUAUUGUCUCUGCUUCCAUAAGUCAUUCAUAUUUAUGGGAAUCAUGCCACAAAUUCACGCUCCAGAAGAAUAUGCGCCUCAAUGAAGAUGAGAAAGAGUUCUCCAACUACGUCCUAAGGGUUGGCGAUGGGAACCCUCUACCUAAUGAGGUAAAUGAAUCAGAUGAAGAUGAAGAAGAUCAACUCAUUUCUAUUGACCGAAUGUUGGUUGAGGAGAUCAGCUCAGAUUCUCACAAACAAAUACUAGAAACUACUUAUGGGCGAACUAACCAGUGGAAAGGAACCAAGCAAGACUAUACAAAAAUGGCUAUCCUAACACCAAGGAACGAAACGGUGGAUGAGAUCAAUGAAUACAUGAUAUCUCAAGCUGACGGUGUGUCAAAGGAAUAUCUCAGUUCCGAUAGCUUCGGUAUGAUAGACACCGACUCUGAAAACAACGAGACAUUGUACCCAGUGGAGUAUUUAAAUUCAUUGAGCUUUCCAGGCCUGCCUGCACAUAAGCUUACAUUGAAAGUGGGUGCUCCUUUCAAGCUUCUAAGGAAUUUAAAUCAAAAGAAGGGGUUAUGCAAUGGAACACGUCUGAUUGUGACUUACCUAGGUCAGCUUGUUAUCCAAGGUGAAAUAGUUACAGGCUCUCAUAUUGGACAUAAAGUGUUCCUUCCAAGAAUCAUGCUAUCAGAAUCAGUAACUAAGCAUCUGUUCACCCUUGAAAGGCGGCAACCAAUCAGGCUAUGUUACGCAAUGACAAUUAACAAAAGUCAGGGUCAGAGUUUGAAAUGUGUCCUAUUGUAUUUGCCACAACCCGUUUUCACUCAUGGACAGCUCUAUGUUGGUCUUUCCCGAGUUACUACCAAGUCAGGCCUCAAAAUUAUACAAGGAAAGGAUCAAAAGAUAGGAAGAGUUAAAAACAUAGUCUACAAAGAAAUAUACAACGGUCUACCUCACUCACCAGGUAAUCCACUAUUAUUUGCAACACAAUACACAACGUUAUCCAAAAAUACUAAAUUCCUUUCUCUCUCUCCCCCAGAAUCACGAUCAGAUGCUCACCCAGAACAGACUCCCCGGAAUCACGAACAACUUUCUAUACCAUAAGAUGCAAGCAACGAGUAAGUCUGCCGACCAAAAAUCUCCAAACUCAAUAAUGAAGGUGUACUAACGAAAUUCUUUUAUAACAAUAGGUCCGCCCGCAAUAGAAAGUCCCAGCUCUACAAGACCAUUCACAAUAUACUUCGCAGACAUCGUCUACGUCUUAUCUUAUUUUAUUUUUUUCCGUUAGCUACCAAAUUCUAUUCCCUUUGGACAAUUACUUAUUUAUACUGUCAAACUAUUUUGUUUUGAACUGUGUGAACUGGCUAACGUUCCCUUUAAUCUUAAAAUUCACCGCCCAAAAAAAAAAUACUUAUGCCACACACAAACACAAUAAAAUUUGAUGAAAAUUUAAACCUACUAUCAAACAGAAACACAAUAAAAUUUGAUGAAAAUUUAAACCUACUAUCAAAUAGAUAACCUACUAACACAUAUUCAUAUUUAUCUAAACAGAAAAAA